AGAAUGUGCAGUGAAACGUACUUCGUGGUUCUCAAAAGCGCUGAAGCAUGAGGAUUCACAAUGGGGAAGAAUGCUAGUAAAUUGAAGAAAAAAUCUAGUAUAAAUACAUGUUUAAUAACGAUGAUGAUUUGUCCUGGCCCCGCUUCGGUUCCCUCCCCUUGCGCGCCAGCAAGUACCGCCUCCAACAUAAUGCCACGCCCAUCAUCACCAAAGACAGCCUUCCAGCUCCGCCCAACAGUGCGCCGCCUACCGGGCAUCGGGGCAAACACAAGGAUAUCGACGUAUGGUUGCGCGACCUUGAACUGGAGGAGUACAAGGCGGCGUUCGAGAAGUUCUCUGGAGUAGAAGAAUUAUUGGAGCUGUCAGAGAGGGAAGUCAAGGAGUUGGGGGUGAAGAAAGCGUCGCACCGGGCAAGGAUUGUCACUAGUUUAACCUGUCUGAGGGCUAAGUAUCAUGAAACCAUUCCCAGAAAGGCCUCAUCACGUCAUAGUGUUGCUGUGGACAGUAGGCAUAAGAUACGCAGAGAAGAUACCUU